AUGACCAGCAUUGAUGAUCUUUUCAAGAAACCAGCUUUACCAAGCAAUAAGCGCAAGCUAGAAGCAACUCGAGACCCAAAUGAGGUCUACAAAUCUGCGAAGCUUGCCUCAAAUGGAGACGCCAAACGCCAUGGUCGCGCCCCGGCUGUAGAAGACGCAGAUGACGACGUUGAGGCGGGACCUUCAGCACCACCCGAUGACGAUGCAGACUACGGCCCCGACAUCCCCGACGAUGACGAAGGGCGAUUCUUUGGCGGAGGAGUCACAAAAGAUGAAAAAGAGAUAUUGGAUUACGUGGACGAGCAAGAGAGUGCGGAUGUAGCGCCUGAGAAGAUCGAUGCGGCAUGGCUGCGGAAACUGGCCCUCAAUUUCGAGAAGAAGAUAACAAAGAACGCGGAACUGAGAGCAAAAUUCGAGACGGAGCCGCAGAAGUUUAUGGGUAGUGAGGCGGAUCUAGAUGCUGAUAUCAAGGCUUUGUCUAUACUAUCUGAACAUCCAGAGCUUUACGGAGAGUUUGCGAAGCUUGGAUGCGUGGCGAGUUUGGUGGGGUUACUGGCGCAUGAGAAUACGGAUAUUGCGAUUGAUGCGGUGGAGAUCAUAAGUGAACUGACGGAUGAGGAUGUAGAGGCGGAACAAGAACAGUGGGAUGUGCUUGUGGAUGCAAUGAUUGAGGCUGAUCUGCUGGACUUACUGGUUUCAAAUUUCAGUCGUUUCGAUGAAGGGAAUGAGGCGGAUCGAAGCGGUGUUUACCAUGCGCUGAGCGUGCUGGAAAACCUUGCCUCAAAGGCAUCGCUCGCGGAGAAGAUUGGGCAGGAUACGGGGGUUCUGAAAUGGUUGCUCGAACGGAUACAGAAGCGGGAAUCACCGGUCAGUCAGAAUAAGCAGUACGCAGCAGAAGUCCUGGCUAUUCUAUUGCAGUCAUCAACAGCCAAUCGGAGGAAGGUUACCGAACUUGAUGGUGUUGACCUGCUUUUACAACUGCUCGCAGCAUACCGGAAACGAGACCCCCUGAAAGGAACCGAAGAGGAAGAAUUCGUUGAAAACGUCUUCGACAGCGUAACCUGUGUUGUGGACGAGCCGGAAGGGAAACAGAAGUUCGUCGAGGCGGAAGGAGUGGAGCUAUGCCUGAUUAUGGUCAGAGAAGGCAAAAUGAGCAAAUCUCGCGCAUUACGGCUGCUGGAUCACGCGUUGGGUGGGCAGAGUGGCGCAGAAGUUUGCGAGAAGCUGGUCGAGGCCGCGGGACUGAAGGUCGUGUUUGGGACGUUCAUGAAGAAGCUCGAUGGGCAGACAACAGAACAUCUCCUCGGUAUCUUUUCGUCGUUAUUGCGACUCCUUCCUGCCAACGAAGCGGGACGAAUACGCACCCUUGCGAAAUUCGUGGAGAAGGAUUAUGAGAAACUGGGCAAGCUGGUCAAGCUAAGGAGAGACUAUGCUGCGAAGCUUGCGGUCGUGGAUAAGGAGAUCAGGAAUGAGCAAGCGAAGCUUGAUGCUGACGAGCGGGAAGAAAUGGCUGACGAGUGGGAUUCGAGAAGGCUGGAUGCAGGACUCUACUGCCUGCAGACAAUUGAUGUUAUACUAGCUUGGCUGGUUGCUGAAGACGAUGGUGCGGCCAAGAGGAUACAGAGUCUUCUUGCUGACCGCGACGAGUCUUUGGCGGUGGUCAAGGCUACAAUUCAAGAGCAACUCGAUUCCAUAGUUGGAGAUACAGAAGAAGAGAAGAUGACGAAGGAUAUGCUGAGCACUUUGGUACAGUUCUUGACAUAG